UCCUGUUGAAAAUUAAUGGGGGCGGUACUUUGUCUGGCGAAUUCGGAAGUGGUGGGACCACUGCUUGACUCUGGCAUGCCAAGGGUUAAUCCAAGAUGGCCGGGUUUACGGGUUCAUGCUUUUUGUGUUUCAAAAUGAAGGUGUCACGUAUCGCAUCGUUAUUAUGUAAAAGAACCGAGGUGAGGAGGCAUACAGUAUGUAGAACAUUCACCAGUGGAUCCACCACCCGACAACAACAGCUAUCAACCCCGAGGGGUAGUAUUUGUAGGUAUUCAACUGAAUCUUCAAUCAAUGGUUGUACGGCCCUGUUGUACAGAAACCACGGCGACCCGUCUCAAGUUGUUCAGUUGGAGAGCAUGGAGCUUCCCUCUGUUGGUGCUAAGAGUGUCCUUGUAAAAUUGUUGGCAGCCCCCAUCAACCCUUCUGACAUAAACAUGAUCCAAGGUUCCUAUGCCAUCCUACCUGACCUUCCAGCAGUAGGAGGAAAUGAGGGGGUGGCCCAGAUCCUGGAAGUGGGCAGCCAGGUGAAAGCACUCAGACCAGGGGACUGGGUGAUCCCAAGAGAUGCUGGAUUAGGGACGUGGAGGACAGCAGCGGUUUUAGCUGAAGACGAUGUGAUCUCUCUGCCCAAUGACAUCCCCCUGUUCUCUGCAGCCACACUGGGGGUUAACCCCUGCACUGCCUUUAGGAUGCUCUCUGACUUUGAGGAGCUGAAACCAGGUGACACAGUGAUCCAGAAUGCAGCCAACAGUGGUGUGGGCCAGGCUGUCAUACAGAUCGCUGCUGCAAGGGGGAUCCAAACCAUCAACGUGGUCAGAGACAGGCCAGACCUCACACAGCUUAUUGACAGGCUGAAGGCUAUGGGCGCCAGUCAUGUGAUCAAAGAGGAGACCCUGAGGCGGCAUGAAAUGAAGGAACUUUUCAAGACCUGUCCAAGGCCUAAGCUGGCACUGAACGGAGUUGGGGGGAAAAGUGCAACAGAACUCCUCCGUCACUUACAGGUUGGAGGGUCGAUGGUGACGUAUGGAGGGAUGGCCAAGCAGCCAGUCACUGUUCCUGUGAGUGCCCUGAUCUUCAAAAAUGUGAAAGUCAAAGGGUUCUGGGUCACCCAGUGGAAGAGAACCCACUCUCAGGAGGAGGGGGCCUUACGGGGAAUGCUGGAUGAGCUCUGCUCCCUGAUCCGCCAGGGAAAGCUGACCGCACCUGCCUGUUCCGAGGUAGGCCUCCAAGACUUCCGGAAAGCACUGGACACUGCCAUGCAGCCGUUCACCUCAGCCAAACAGGUCCUGGUCGUGUGACCCCUCUUUUGACCAGCCCCAGCCGUUCUCAGGGUCAUGUUCAUUAGGUACAACAUGGAAGAAAACGGACAGAAACUUAAGGGACUACCUGGACUUGUCCAAUAAGAAAGUGUUUUGCACUGGGUGUCCAAUUGAAUACGACUCUGCAUACAAAACGAAGUCUCGGCACGUUCAACGGGUGCAUGCCCAAGGCUGCUGCUUCAUCGUUGUCGGAAAUGCGUUACUCAAGCACACGUUCAAUAAAUGUGUGUUUGCCGUUAUGCGGCUCAAAGUCCACUAUAUAUGUUAUCAGCACCACUUUAAGUCAUCUUUCCUGACAACAGUUAAUGGAAAUGAUUUCAGAAUGGUCAUUGAUUCCUUGACAACUUGGGUAUUGUCUACAUGUUUAUUUCUCCUGAAUGGUAACGUUGUUAUAUCCUGGUCCCAGAUUGGUUUGUGCUGUCUUGGCAACUCCUAUGGUUAUUACUCUGCAAGACGGCACAAACGGAUCUGGGACCAGGCUAAUGUGGUUAUGCAACACAUGGUGUUUCUGGUAAAACACUAAACAUUUGGCAAAGAUUAAGUUAUUUUUAAAGAGUUCAAAUUACUUGUUGUAUGGACACGAGCAAAUACCAUCAUGAUGCGUAUUAGACAGGUUUAUUGCUUUAAAAACAAUAGUGCAGGGUCCAACUAGAGCUGUUACACUGACCUUGUUAAAUUCCAUGUGAACAUUAAGUCGCGGUAACUACUAGGCUUCUCUAAGGUCUGAUGUUGCUGAUGGUCAUUAGUAGUCUACCAAACUUGCUAACUGCCUGGUACUUAGCAUUCCAUUGUUCCUUUAAUCACUCUGACAUUGAUAAAAAUGUGUCAAAUCAAACACUUCAUAAGAGCCCAUGAGCUCAUUUUGAGCAACAUUUCUAUAGGCUAUGAAAUGGUGUGAGAAAAGAGUUUUGAUGGCCUCUAAUAAAAAGAGGAUCCCAUCAGCUUUCUAUAGGCUAGGCCUACUAUAUUUAUCAACUUUCCUAAUAUUAAGCACAUUGCUUCGCUUUACAACAGGAUUAUAGCCUACCUGGCUGGCAUGAAAAUGAACCACAGGCAAAGCGUCCUCAAUUCGCUAUUUAAGUGCAUAGAUGACGUGUAUUCUUUUCCCCCCGUGCCUCUGUUGCGAGACAGGUGUAUGGUAAUGGUCCAUUCUAUACUGAACAAAAUUAUAAAUGCAACAAUUUCAAUGAUUUACGGAGUUACAGUUCAUAUAAGGAAGUCAGUCAAUUUAAAUAAAUUAGGCCCCAAUCUAUGGAUUUGACUGGGCAGGAGUGCAGCCAUGGGUGGGCAUAGAUCCACCCACUUGGAAGCCAAUCCCACCCACUGGGGAGUUAGGCCCAGCCAAUCCGAAUGAGUUUUUCCCCACAAAAGGGCUUUAUUACAGACAAUGUGGCUGGUCUCAGACGAUCCCGCAGGUGAAGAAGCGUGAAGUGGAGGUCCUAGGCUGGCGUGGUUACACGUGGUCUGCGGUUGUGAGCCCAGUUGGACAUACUGCCAAAUUCUCUUAAAUGACAUUGGAGGUGGCUUAUUGUAGAGAAAUUAACAUGACAUUUUCAGGCAACGGCUCCGGUGGACAUUCCUGCAGUCAGCAUGCUAAUUGCACGCUCCCUCAACUUGAGACAUCUUUGGCAUUGUGUUGUGUAACAUUUGUGAGAAAUAAGGUUUUUGUGCGUAUGGAACAUUUCUGGGAGCUUUCAUUUCAGCUCAAUGAAACUUGGGACUAACACUUCGCAUGUUGUGUUUUAUAUUUUUGUUCAGUGUAAAUCAAAACUAGUUUAACACAUUAUUUAGUAUAUUUAAAGACAACAUUAAGAAUAGUCUGAUGGGUGACAAUAUUAGCUUAUCACUUGUGAAUGGUGUAUUAACAAUUGUGAAUGAUGCUCAGAAUGUGCAGUAAAGCAAGAAACAGCACACCUCAUGUAGCCUAGCCCAUAGGCCAAUGUGUUUUGAUCAGAUUUGUAUCACAACUAAAGUGGCCAAAUAACUUCUUUAAUACUAAGCACAUUAAUUCGCUUUACAACCGAUGUAGAGCCUAACUGGCAUACAUGCUGUAAGUAGGUGGUGCAUGAGUUUCAAGUUUGGGGAACAUAAUUUUCCCCAUUAAAAAAUGCAACUAUAUAAUAAAGCAUUACACACAAUA